UAAACGUUUGUUAAUCAGCAGCAUUAAGAAAUUUUACGAUAAACAAUCUAGACUUAUUUAUUUCCUUUCGUUUUUAUUAAAGCAGGUUUUACACCAAAAAUGAUUGAAAUUAAGCGCGGAAUGACGUUGGAUGCAGAGAGUGACGGGAGCGUCAGAGAAGAUGGAAGUAUGUAUUCCUACGAAUCAAUGCAAAGUCUUACCCAGUACCUUCUGGACAGAACAAAGCACCGUCCAUCAGUGGGUGUCAUCUGUGGAUCUGGAAUGGGUGGGUUAGCAGACAUGCUGGAAGACAACGAAUCUUUUGCUUACAACGAGAUACCAGGAUUUCCAACAAGCACCGUGGCUGGACACAAAGGCAGGUUGGUUUUCGGGAUUUUGAAUGGCGUUCCCACAGUCUGCAUGCAGGGAAGGUUUCAUGUUUACGAAGGAUACUCGUUGUGGAAGUGUGCGAUGCCGGUUCGUGUGAUGAAACUGAUUGGAGUGAAGACCUUGAUUGUUACGAAUGCCGCCGGCGGUCUCAACUCGGACUUCCGAGCUGGAGAUAUCAUGAUUAUAAAAGAUCACAUCAACUUUCCAGGAUUUGCAGGAGACAAUCCUUUGAGAGGCAGAAACGAUGAGAGGUGGGGUCCACGAUUUCCAGCCAUUAAUAACGCCUACGAUCUCAAGCUGCGGAAGAUUGCGAGAGAAAUAGCCGAAGAUCUUGGGUUCGGCGAACAUAUAACGGAGGGAGUGUACGCCAUGGUCGGCGGACCAUGUUACGAAACAGUCUCAGAACUAAGGGCUCUGAAGAUUUUGGGAGCAGACGCAGUUGGUAUGAGUACAGCACAUGAAGUUAUAGCAGCAAAGCAUUGUGGUCUUCGAGUAUUCGGCCUCUCCUUGAUAACUAAUGAAUGCGUCAUGGAAUAUGACGUAGAAAGAUCGGCGAAUCACGCUGAAGUCUUGGAAACGAGCAAUCGCCGAAAAGCUGAUCUUGAAAAACUAAUAACCAAUCUGGUAGCGAGAAUUCAAGAAUAAGAGAAAAACGCAUUUGUUUGGGUUAAAAAUUAUAUUUUCAUAUCAUAUACCAAAAGCUUGUCGAUUUAGUCCUUUCCUUAUUGUUUAUUUUUUCUAUGAAAAAGUGUUCCAUAAGAUGUUCAGCAAUUAAAUAGA